CGCCCCGGAAGCAAGACAAGACCCCAUGUUUUGAGUUUAAUUCUGCGUCGACCGUGAGAUUCAAAUCGAUGGAAAAGAAGUUUCAAGUUGACUUCAUCCGCGUGUGAUGAGUUCCGCUUGUUUCGCGCGCUUAUGACGCUUUGUCGUCGAUUAAACGGGCCGGAAGAUCAUAAUACCGCCCACCUUAUCCUCAGCACAUCAUAUAUGACUUUGGGUAUACUCCAUAAGUGGCCAGCUAUUGGUUAGGAUAUAAAACAAUAAUCUUAGAAAGUGUAAAGACGAUAUCCCAUCAUCUUGUUUCCCCUAUCAAAAACCUUGAAUUCCAGUUUUCGUGUCAUCUUCUGUCCUUCACAACCUUCGCGACGCUUGUUGAGCUCGAGCGCUCAGUCUCCCCCACCCCGCAUCUCCCUCGCCCCACCAAUACACCUUGAUAAGAGACCCUUGCUUUGAACUACACCACUCGAAGACGUAUUUGGCCACAUACAUCUGACCUUCAAAACUCCCCGCUUUGAAGCACCUACCUCUACAUCUACACCAAACCAACAGAUCCAAAUUUCACAGCCACAAUGUCAUCCACCGCCAUAGUCUCCGGGGACGAGUCGCUUGAGCCCACCCUACAAAAUCUCCUAGACCAAAAGACACUUCGCUGGGUAUUCGUCGGCGGGAAAGGUGGUGUCGGCAAGACAACUACAUCAUGUUCGCUAGCGAUCCAGCUUGCCAAAGUCCGCAAGUCUGUACUGCUCAUAUCCACCGACCCGGCCCAUAACCUGAGUGAUGCCUUUGGUCAGAAGUUUGGAAAGGAAGCGAGACUGAUCGACGGCUUCGAUAAUUUGAGUGCUAUGGAAAUUGACCCUAAUGGAAGCAUACAAGAUCUCCUUGCUGCGGGGGGUGAUCAGGCAGAUGAUCCCAUGGGUGGAUUGGGGCUAGGUGGCAUGAUGCAGGAUUUGGCAUUUAGUAUACCUGGUGUUGACGAAGCCAUGUCGUUCGCCGAAGUCCUGAAACAAGUCAAAUCUCUCUCAUACGAAGUAAUCAUAUUCGACACCGCACCAACAGGUCAUACCCUCCGCUUCCUCCAAUUCCCUACUGUCCUUGAAAAGGCCCUCGGCAAGCUAUCUCAACUAUCUUCCCAAUUCGGCCCAAUGCUGAACUCCGUACUUGGAGCACGGGGCGGGCUCCCCGGUGGCCAAAACCUGGACGAGAUCCUCUCGAAGAUGGAAUCGCUACGAGAGACCAUAGGAGAAGUGAAUGCGCAAUUUAAAGAUGCCGACCUAACGACUUUCGUCUGCGUGUGCAUCGCGGAGUUCUUGUCCCUGUAUGAGACCGAGCGGAUGAUUCAAGAGCUUACAAGCUAUCAAAUCGAUACACACUGCAUCGUGGUCAACCAGCUGCUUUUCCCCGGUAAGGACAGCUCAUGCGAGCAGUGCAAGGCCAGACGGAAAAUGCAGAAGAAGUAUUUGAAUGAGAUUGAAGAGCUGUAUGAGGACUUUAAUGUCGUGCGGAUGCCCAUGUUGGUGGAGGAAGUUAGGGGGAAGGAGAAACUUGAGAAGUUUAGCAAUAUGCUUAUAAACCCAUACAUACCACCUCAAGAGUGAUUCAUUAAAUUUAUGAAACAAAUGACCAGAAUGAGCCUAGGUCUCAUGUAUUAAAAAAGAGAAAAAUAGAAAGAAUAUUUAACGAGAACAGCUUUUAUUUCCUUCUUCCAGUCCAUACACAUGUUCAAUCCCAUUCCUUCCUUAUCGUUGUAAUUGUGCCUGCACUUUCUAGUUCCCAUGCUUCUUUCGUCUUAUGAGGUAUAUAUCACAAUAUUAAGAUAUUAAGAUCCAUAAGCGAACCAACAGCUAUAUUCCAAAUGCAUCCACAAGCAGCCUAUAUUUUUUUUCUGAGACCAGAACGGCCUCUUCUCCUUAUCAGCCAAUUGCUCCAACUCACCCAAACUAACCUAUGCCACUAUUUAGAACCCCCCCCC